AUGGCUUUCGCGGCCUUGUAUCGCAUUUAUGCAGGGUUCAUCAACCCCCCACAAGCCAAGAAAGAGAAUGACGCAAUCCGCUUCGGACUACUCGGAGCAUCAAACAUCGCUCCAUUUGCGUUGAUCAAGCCAGCUGAAGCGCACUCAGAGGUCAUUGUUGCAGCUGUUGCAGCUAGAGAUCGCAGUCGUGCGGAGGCGUAUGCCAAGAAGCAUGAUAUUCCUAUUGUCCAUGCCUCUUACGAAGAUCUACUCAACGAUCCAACCAUCGAUGCCGUCUACAUCGCCCUCCCUAACAGCCUACACUUCGAGUGGGCCUUGCGCGCUCUAAAUGCCCGGAAACAUGUUCUUUUGGAGAAGCCCUCGUGUUCGAAUGCUGAAGAGGCGAAGAAGCUCUUUAACCACCCACUACUCAAAGGGCCUAACGCCCCUGUUCUCCUGGAGGCCUUUCACUACCGCUUCCAUCCAGCGUGGCAAAUGUUCCUUUCCUUCGUUCACGAUGAGUCUAUGGCAGGGCCUGUAAAGCACGUGUCUGCAGAGCAGUACCUACCCAAGGGAGUAAUACCCAAUGAUGAUAUUCGCUGGCGCUAUGACCUUUCCGGUGGUGCAUUGAUGGACUUCGGUACUUAUCCUUUGAGUUGUCUCCGCCAGAUUCUACGCGAAGAACCGACGGAGGUCUUGCAGGUAAAAGAACGAGUCGAUCUACCUUCUGAAAGCCAGCCUGCCGAGCAGGCAAUAACAGCUACCUAUAAGACGGAAAGUGGCGCGACAGGACACAUCGUCGCUGAUCUUGCUACAACAUCGUCUUGGAUUAAGGCACUACCGGGCUUCGGCUGGCCGAAAUGUCAAGUUAAAUUGGAAGAAAAACAGAUCGGGGAUGAUAAAAACCGCACCGUCCAGCGCAAAGUUACGAUUUGGAAUCACAUAGUUCCGAGCCUUUACCAUAGGAUCGAUGUGGAAAAUACACAUAAGAUCUAUCGAGAUGAUGGAGAUCUUUUGAAGACCUGGAAAGAAUCUCAAUUUCUGAAGGCAUAUACCUGGGCACCCGAGGAUGGAAGAGGGGUGACUGGCCAAACUUGGUGGUCCACUUAUCUCUAUCAGCUCAACGAGUUUGUGAACAAGAUUAAGGGGCGUGAUGGAUCUGGAGUUUGGGUUGAUGGAGAGGAUAGUAUUAAGCAGAUGGAUGCGAUUGAUCUGACGUAUUUGAAGGCCGGAUUGAAAGUGCGGCCGACGAGUACCUUUGAGCUGUGA